AUGGAGAUCAACGCUCCGGUUCCAAAGCUUCUUCUUCAAUUGAUCUCGUCUGCUUUUCAAAGAUGCCGUUUAGCAGAAGAUCUCUGUAGAUUAUCAGUUCUUCUUGAUCUAUCUACAGACAAUGAUCCUCCGAUUACGCCUAUUUCGAUUGCGGACACGGGCAUUGGAUGCAAUUUGGAGGAAUUUCAAGAUCUGAUGUGCCCUAGACAAUUCAAUGGAGCGAAUAUUUGGGAUGGGUUACUCUCCGUCAAGACGACUUGCUUUUCUGACGAUGAGGUAUACUAUUAUCGUGUAAAUCUUGAUGAGAAUAUAUCAAACAGAAGAGUGAAAAGACAAGCUUCUCAGGCUAAGAAUGGUGCAAAGUUUAGCGGGACGGAAGUAUCCUUGAGUGUUUUUGGAAGUAUGGACGUUCUUGUGGCACCAAUAAUUGGCUUCUUUCAAAAGGUCUUCUUUCUCUUUCGUAUCCUUAAUGUCACAAUGGAUCUGGUGGUUAAGCAAGGAACUUCUCCUGGUACUCAAACUCAAUACGUUUUUGUAGUGAAUACUGAAAAAAACCCAUGCUUUACUGCCUCCAAUCUUGAACGGUUGAAGUUUGGUCUUGAGGACUAUGUUUUAAGGCAUGGGAACUGUUUGGAUAUGAUCUGUGACUAUUGCUUCUCUGAUAGAGAGCAUCUAAAAGUUGGAAGUGGAACCGCAUGCUCUGAAGAAAAUCGUAAGAGAACUGGAGGGACUAUAGACGUCGUGAUUGUAAUAAGUGACUUAUUAGAGACAACUCGCCAUUGCAGCAGGUCAUGCGACGGCAAAACAGAGGUUUUAUACUUUGACAAUUUCUCACCUUGCCCUAUUCCACAAUUUGCAUUGAGUGCUUUGAAAAAGAUUGACUGGAAAAGUUACGGUUUGGUCCUGGCGAGUGUUAAUGAUCAAGAUGGACAUGUGUUUCUCGAAUGGGAAAAUUUCCCUUCGUAUGUUCAAAUACAGAUCACCCUCCAUUGGUAUCACAAUCAAUAUCCAACGAGACAGAAGACUCAGCCUGGUAUAAAUCUUGUAAAGAAAGGAAUUAAAAAUGCAUUGGAUGAUUUGAAGGCUAAACAUGAGGGUUUUCUUCUAAGCUCACAUGCUCGUAAGAUUUGCAGCCAUGUCCCGGACCUUGCAAGAUCAAUAGCAGGCCUAAUAUUCUCCUCUACUGACAUGGACUUCCAAGGAGAUUGCUUAUCUGUUCUCGGCUUUCAGGCUCAAGAAGUUGAACGUGUGGCUGUUGAAGACUAUAUCCAGAGAAAGAUUGUUACGGUUAUAGGAAUGAAUGAGAGGAAACCUCAGAAAGACGAAGAAAGUGCUCCUUUUUUGUUUUUUGAAGGCGAGUCUGAGACAUCGUACUUUGAAGAUGAGGAAAUCGAAGGUGAGUAUUACUCUACCUCCCUGGAAUGA